AUGCUCACGGGCUACUUUGAAUGCCACGGCACGGGAACGGCAAUUGGCGAUCCCUUGGAAGUCCACGCAGUCUCCGACGUCAUGAAUGCGAAACGCACUGAGAUAGAUGGUCCUCUUUAUGUCGGGGCCGUUAAGACCAAUAUUGGGCAUAGCGAAGCGACCAGCGGGCUGUCUGCCGUCAUCAAGGUCAUCCUCAUAGCGGAGAGAAACACCAUAACUUCAACAUUUGGACUUACUUACCCGAACCCGAAGAUUGAUUGGAAAGGCUGGCGAGUCAACAGGAAUGCCGCCGCUUAUGGCAAGGUUGCUGCAGACUACAGCUUGCUCGACCUAUCCCACACCCUUGCCAGUCACCAUCUCCGAUUUCAUGUCAAAGGUAUGAUUGUCACAACACUGGCAAAUUUACAUCAAGAUAUCAUCAACGACGCCCCGAAGCUUGGUCUGGCCGACAAGAAGGAGAAAGCCAGUACACUCGCUUUUGUGUUCACUGGACAAGGUGCACAAUGGGCUCGAAUGGGUGCGCAGCUGAUGACUUAUUACCCGACGUUCCUCUCAUCGAUUCGCCGUAUGGAUCUGGUUCUGGAACAUCUUGAUGAACUACCAUCUUGGACAUUGGAAGAAGCCCUUCUCCAAGACCCGGCUACAUCACGCGUUAGCGAAGCUGAGUUUUCCCAACCGCUGUGUACCUCGAUUCAAGUUGCUCUUGUUCAACUUCUCUGCCUCUGGGGAAUCAAGUCUUCAGUAACAAUCGGCCACUCCUCUGGCGAGAUCGGUGCCGCUUUUGCCGCUGGGUUUCUGUCUGAGUCAGAAGCUAUUUUGACAGCGUACUACUGUGGCCAAGUCGUUAAGAACACCGACUCAGCUGGCGCCAUGAUGGCUGUUGGUCUCGGGGUCGAAGCUGUCACGCCCCACAUUGGAAGAUUCAAACUUGAUGAUGUCGUAGUUGCUUGCCAUAACUCGCCAUCUGGAGUUACCUUGAGUGGCAGUAUCGACGCUCUGAAGUCAAUCGAAGAGACCUUAUACGAGGAGCUUAUUCGCAAAGCUAGACCCAUCGUUGGCAACGAGAUUGUAUCUACUGAGGUCAAGAUGUACUGGGGCGCCAAUCUCAUCAGUCGAGUUCUCUUCAACCAGGCUGUCCAAACGGCUCUCACGAGUAAAAUGCUACCCAAGAUCGACAUAUUGAUCGAAAUUGGACCGUAUUCGGCUCUUUCGGGGCCGAUUAGGCAAAUCCAGACCGAGUUGCAAGCCGACAAGCUGCAGUGUCUACCGGCUCUCGUGCGCGGUCUCCCCUGUGCAGAACAAGUGCUCAAGCUGGCUGGCGAACUGUUCUUGCGCAACUAUCCUGUAGACCUCGCAAGAGUGACGGCGAUUGAGGAGGCCUACCAGUCCGGCAAGAUAAUACCCCAGCGAGGCAACCUCAUCUGGGAUAAGACAAGAAAGUAUUGGGCUGAAUCACGAGAGAACAAGGAACACCGCUCACCGUCCUACCCUCGUCAUGAUAUUCUGGGCCAAUUGACGAUUGGUGGAUCGCUCGCUGAACCCACCUGGCGCAAUAUCCUCCGCAUCAAAGAUCUUCCCUGGCUUCGGGACCAUGCCCUUGGCGGAGAAGCAUUUUUUCCUGCUGCCGGGUACCUCUCUAUGGCUAUGGAGGCUGUAACUCAAAUCAUCAGUACGGCCGAGAAGCCUGUCGAAAUCAAGUCAUACGUCUUCAGGGAUGUCACCAUUCAGCAAGCAUUGGUAACCCUAGAUGACGAGAACGUCAUCGAGGUUCUCUUCAAUAUGCGCACAUCACGGCUCGGUACGGAAGAGGGAGACAAGCAAUGGUGGGAAUUCAAUGUCUCGUCUGUGUCGUUUGAGGGGCACCGCAAAAGCCACAUGGCUGGAAGUGUCAGCAUCAACGUCAACUCAAGCAGAGUAGUCCCCAGAAAGGUUCCCAACCUACUGCAGCGAGCCUCAAGUAGGCUUUGGAAUCAGGCUUUGAAGCAAGUUGGAUUCAAUUAUGGUCCGACAUUCCAAGACAUGGAUAACAUCGCCUUUGAUGCAGUGACGUACUGCGCUCACGCUUCGACGAAUACUAAGACCACUGUGAUGAAGGACGAGUCCCGACACGUAUUGCACCCAGCCACCCUCGACUCGUGUCUUCAGCUCAUGAUUGUUACAAUUUGGGCCGGCCGUACUGGUGCAAUGCAAUUUGGAGCAGUGCCUGUGAGUGCUGAAGAGAUCACUGUCUGGAAGCCCAAGGCAGAUCAGCUCACGGAUGAUGCCCGUGCAACGGCCUUCUCAUGGAUUGACCCGCGAGGAAAGAGACUUUUUAAUGCACACAAUCAACUUGUGGCAGAAGACGGGCAAGUCCUUAUGGAAAUCAAAAGCAUGCGUUGUAUUGCGUACGAAGCUGCGAUUCCGCAGCGACUAGAAGCCCCAAUUCAGCCGCGACCCUACUCUGAACUCGUUUAUAAGCCAGAUGCUUCAUGGAUGCGUGGCAAUCAAACUUAUCUGCAUGUCGUCGAUUUCGUUGAGAUUGCCGAAUUGAAAACCCCGGGCUUGAAUGUCCUCGUUGCGAAUUCGGAUGUUGCCCAGUCUCUCAAGGCGAAGUUUCCCCGGAUUUCUAUAACAUUGGUCACAUGUGGCCUUCAAGAAGAGGCGAAUGGGCCGAGUUCUAGCAUACUGGAAAACCUCACUUGCGUACCGCUCAAUCUGCUACUCAAACAACAUUCAUUCGAUCUCGUUAUCGCGCCUGAUGCUCCGAGCAAUGCAUUGGAGAGCAUCUCUGAGCCAUUGGUUGAAAGAGGUCAGGCUGUCAUGGGAAGGCCUUCAUCAUCUACGAUCAACCCUGAUUUGAAAUUGGCUGGAUUUUCAGGCCCAGACUCCUUCACGAAGGACUCCAUGUUCGUCAUAUCUAAAGCCGUGGAAACCAAAAGCCCCGCAUCGACGCUCGUUAAGCUGAUAGAGCAAAAUACUCCGACUGAAUAUACCACUCGCUUGCAGCUUCAACUCGAGAAGAUUAGCUUCGAACGCGAAGUCCUAAAGCUCGGAGAUCCUUGUAUGCCCGGAAGAAAGCUUGAGACUGAAUACCUUGCUCGUGACGGUCAGUUGCUCUUGAACCGCUUCACUCCUGCUGAGAAGAUCAAUAAAAUGUACGGACACACCGGCUGGAAGACGCAGCCUCAAAAAUUUGACCCCGAAAGCAGACUGGUGGGUAAAGUCCAGGCUGGGAAGGUUGUGUUUGAAAUUGCUCCUCCUGAUACACAGCCACUGCAGCAAGAUGAGAUCGAGUUCCGACCAUUGGCGACCGGCAUUAAUCGCGAAGAUCAGGUCGUUAUCUCACGUGCCUCUUUGGAAACUGACUUCAGCCACGAAGCUUCUGGCACAGUCACCAGGAUUGGAAGUAAAGUCACCAAAGUUUCUAUUGGCGACAGCAUCGUCGCCUUUAGUUCAAGCAAAUUUUCCAACUAUCAGCGCAUUCCUGAAUAUCUGGCACAACGUAUUGAAUCUGGAGAGCUUUGUACGACGAUCGCAAGCCUUCCGAUGUACUAUGGCGCCGCACUGUAUGGUCUCCAGAUGCUGGCGAGACUUCAGUAUCAAGAGUCCGUUCUCAUCCUUCCCGGAUCGGGACUUCGUGGAGCAGCCGCAAUAAGGAUUUUCCAGGCGCUUCAUGGUCUACCAUAUGUUGCUGUGCGUGACUCGAAGGAAGCAGAACAGGUUGCGGCGACCUUUGCUCUGCCCAGUGACCAAAUCCUGGUCGAUUUUACUCCACAAACACUCCUUGAUUUGGAGGUUAAUGUAAGGCCUCGGAUUCUCGCAGUCGUGCUGGAGCGCAUCACAACACUCUAUCGAGAAGGCGCCAUACCCAUACCACCGCUAGCCGUUCGUAACAUCGCUGAACUCAACGAAAGUAUUCAAAAUUUCACGGACUUGUUGUGCGACAAAAAGAUCAUCAUCACGCACAAAGCAAGCGAUGGCACAUUGGAUGUAGUUCAAUCUCGGCCGCGGUUAUCCUUCUGCAUCGACGCUACAUAUCUUCUUGUUGGCUGCCUCGGAGGCCUUGGUCGUAGCUUCAUGUCAUGGAUGAUGAAGCAUGGAGCGCGUAACUUUGCUUUCCUAUCAAGAUCGGGCAAGGAUACUCAGCAAGCGGCUAUCCUUGUGGAAGACCUGGAGACACAUGUGCAGGUUUUUAGAGGCGAUGCUGCGAUCAAGGGAGAUGUAGAAAACGCUGUUCGCUCAGUACCAGUAGAUCGGCCCAUUCGUGGUGUGGUCAACGCGGCUAUGGUUUUGAAGGACAGUCUCUCUCACAACAUGACCUUUGAGAAUUGGACUACAUCAAUCCGACCAAAGGUCCUUGGCAGCAAGCACCUUCAUGAAGCCACAUCCGGCCUAGACCUCGAUUUCUUCAUCAUGACGAGUUCAGUGUCCGGUAUUCUUGGAACACCCGCUCAGACUAACUAUGCCGCUGGAAACUCGUACAUGGAUGCUCUUGCGCGGCUGCGCAGAUCUUAA